AUGAAGGUUUUGUCGUCGGUGGUGCUCGCCCUUGUCAUUGUCGGCGCAGCUCAGGCCAGCCUCGAGCCUCCGUCGGGUCACUAUCUGCCACCCCAUCGUCAACUCACGCCCUACCGGGGCUUCAGAUCGCCCCGUGGUCGCAACGAGGGUUUUCGCAGGACCUCGCAGGGAAGCGACUCGUCCCACUACUACUCGUACCCGAAGCCCGGAUCCACAUCAUACGAAGCCCCGGAUCUUCGGGGUUCCCAGCGGCACCAAGAGUUCGAGUGGAACGAGCCAGCCAAGUAUGACUUCGGCUACAGGGUAAGGGACCCCAGAAGCGGUAACGACUUUGGACAUCAGGAGUCCCGGUACGGCUCGAAAACCCGGGGCCGGUACCACGUGCUGUUACCCGAUGGACGGAGACAAGUCGUGGUGUACGAGGCGGAUGAGGCUGGCUUCAGGCCCAGAAUCACGUACGAGGCCCCUGGCGCACCGUAUUGA